UCUCGAGUAAUGCUUCUCUGCAAAGCCAUGCCGAUUCUUCGAUGCGGCUGACGUUUUCACCAUGUUGGAGAUCAAAUGUCAAGGCGCUAACUUGACGCGUUUCUUCACCAUUUGGGCCAGCCAAUCUCCCUGGGCGGAGGUGUUGCAGGAGGGACACUGUGUGGGCCGGACGCGACCGCAUCAAGGUGGAGACAAGAAUCCCAGAUGGGACGAUCCGCCAUUCGUGUUGGACCCAUCCAGAGGGCAGCAGCUGGUUUUUCGAGUGCUCAUUCCGUCCAGUUCAGUAAUGGGCCACAAGGAUGUACUAUGUGGAGAAGGCACGCUGGCUGUGCCGGAGCUCAUGCGGCAGCAGCAGCAGUUUGUGCUGCCGCUGCACAAGGGAGGCGAUCCAACUGGAUUCCUCAGCUUUCAGUGGCGGAUUCUUCGCGACACCCGGGAGGCGCCCUCCCGGCAGCCCCAGCCGGAGCGGCUCAAACGGCCAGAGCGAGCCCAUGGUCACCCAGGUCACAAUGCCCCGGCUGCAGCGCAUCCAGCUGGCUACCCGCAUCAGAUGGCGCCGCCGCAUCCGGCAGCCGCGCCAGCGCCCGCGCCGCCAGCGCCCGCGCAGGCGCCGGUGCGGCCGCAGCUGCCGCAGCAAGUGAUGCAAGCGGAUCAGCACUCGAGGUUGGGUCUCAGUGAGCGUGGGCGUCACGAAGCCAAUCGUUUGAUGAGCAAAGAUUCGCUGAGAUCGGCAGCCUUGAGGCCCUUCAAUCGGCCGGAAAUGCUGGGGCGCUCCCAGUGGCGGCCUUGGAGUCGGCGAAAGGAUGGGAAGCUGUCCUUUUGGGAGUUCAAAGAUGCUUUCCUGAAACUUCAAGAGGACCCACCGCUGAAUGGGCGUGGAAGCUUUGACACCUUGUAG